CCCAAAAUUGCUGGUUGCAUUUAACAAUUUCUCUCUCUCUCCGCAACCCCUUUCUCCUUCUCUCUCUCGCGCUCUAUGUAAUCGUAGAGCGAGAAAGAAAGAAAGCGAGCGAGAGACAGAGAAGGGAAGGAAAAAAUAUAUAUAUAUAUAUAUCCAAGGCAAGGGCUUUCUGGGCGUCCAUAAGAUUCCUCCAUUUCACAUUCUUUGUCAUUUUUUCAACUCUUUGGUCCAAUCGAUCUCUCGGAUUUUGAAGUCUCAGAUUGGGCCUUUCAAAUGGGAAUGGUCAAAUUCUUUCGACGCUUUCCUAUUUGACUUUUUCUAUCCUCUUUAUUAGGUUUAAGUUUAGGGUUUCUGCAAAUGAGAUAAUUUGUCUUUAUUGCUGUUGUUCAUUGUCUUCGAAUUCUUCUUUCUCAUUUCAAAGGUCCUCAACGGAGUUUCGCCUUCGAAGGGUGAUGAUGUAUAUAUGAUGGUUAUGGUUAGGGUUAGGGCAUCUGCGCAGAUGGAAGCGUCUGGUAGUAAUUCCGACGCGUAUAGGUCUUCGGGAGGGAGUAGUACAAGUAGUAGUAAUUCCAGGAGAUACGGAAUGCUAUCGGCUUCAAGUAUCAUUCAGGCGCCGAUUUCUGCCUUGUUAGAGUAUUCGGGUCUUUUGCGGAUCUCCAGGUCAACUCAUCAAGAAACGGACCCUUUGAUCAACGCCUCUGGUGGGAUUCAUAAUCAUCGACUUGAUGAUUCUACAGCUGCGGCAGCCAACAAUGGUGAGGUUGCUAUUAGGAUAAUCGGUGCAGGAGAACAUGAGCAUGACAGGGAGGGCUCUGGAUUGGUGGUUGGGCAGUUGGGUGCUCAGGGUGAGGUGUCUGUGCAGCAGCCAAGGGCUGGGAUAGAAUCAGAUGUUCAGGGAGAUUCUAGAAAUGAUCGUGGGUCAGGAGAAGGUGCUCCUCAGCAGCCUUCCAGUGCAAGUGGAGAUGGGGAGGCUGCUGAUGGCCCUGGGGCUAAUGGAAGGGAUUCGUCUUACCAGAGAUAUGAUAUUCAGCAAGCUGCCAGAUGGAUUGAGCAAGUCCUCCCAUUUUCUUUGCUUCUGUUGGUUGUCUUCAUCCGCCAGCAUUUGCAAGGUUUCUUUGUUACAAUUUGGAUUGCUGUUGUCAUGUUCAAGUCAAAUGAUAUCCUACGUAAACAAACAGCACUGAAGGGAGAGCGGAAAAUCAGUGUCUUGAUUGGCAUCUCUCUUGCAUUCAUGCUUCAUGUGGUUGGUGUCUACUGGUGGUAUCAGAAUGAUGAUCUUUUAUACCCAUUAAUUAUGCUCCCUCCCAAAUCUAUACCACCUUUUUGGCAUGCUAUUUUCAUCAUCAUGUUGAAUGAUACUUUGGUCCGGCAGGCAGCAAUGGUGUUCAAAUGUAUAUUGCUAAUGUAUUACAAGAACAGUAGAGGCAGGAAUUAUCGUAAGCAGGGUCAAAUGCUAACUUUGGUUGAAUAUCUGAUGCUGCUAUAUCGUGCCUUGUUGCCUACACCAGUCUGGUACCGCUUCUUUUUGAAUAAGGAAUAUGGGAGCCUGUUUUCAUCCCUAAUGACAGGAUUGUACUUGACUUUCAAGCUCACAUCUGUCUUCGAGAAGGUGCAAUCUUUCUUUGCUGCUUUGAAGGCACUAUCACGUAAAGAAGUACAUUAUGGCGCUUAUGCAACAUCAGAGCAGGGGCAGGGGAUGUACCGGGUCUCGGAGCACCUGCUUGGAGUGUGAGAAUACUUGGCUUUGUAAAUAAAACAAAAUGGCUAUAUGUAGACAUUUAGAACAAGAAGGAAGACUUGAAUCCUCAAAUCGGUGCUGGUUUUAUUGCAUUCAACUUGCUUUCACUUUCAAUUAAAUGCUACCUGGGCGUAGCUCAGAUAAUUAUGGGAGUGGUAAAAUCAUAGGUUUAAGUUCUACUGCUCUUCUAUUGUACUAAAAGACUUUCAAUCAAUCUGAGUAGGCCUAACCAAAACGAUUACACUGGUGAGAAUUUAUUUUAAACUGUACUAUGAAAACUUGUUCAAAGCUAUUGUCAUGCUCAUAUGAGCUGCAUGUUUGUUACCUAUCAUCAUAUCUUUAUACCCACUGUUCACACAGGCUCUCUCUGUUUGGAAGGCAUGAUUCCCGUUAUUCUCUCAGAAUAUUUUCAUUUUUUUGCAUACUUAUUAAGAUAUCUCAUUUAUUGGGACUGUGCAUUGGGAUGCAAUACGGAAAAUUGCUUUGAUAAUUAGAGUACUUAAUCUUUGACCUGUGUGAAUGCUCAAAACUUUGUUAACAUAUUUCACUCUCUCUCUCUCUCUCUCUCUCUCUCUCUCUCUCUCUCACACACACACACACACACAC